AUGGAACUUGAAAAUCACCAACUGCGCAAACAGUUGGUAGAGGCAACAAAACACAAUGAGGAAUUAACCAGACAUGCAGUUGAUGCCCAGGCACCUCCCCGGAGGCCUAGAGGACGCCCCCGUGGGAGCACGACCGCCAAGAGGGUAGAACAAGCAUCACAGCCGAAUUUUCCAAGGCCUCAGAGGAGUACCCGGGCUGAGGCCACUCCCAACCCUACUGCAUACUUGCCUAUAGGAACGGGAUGUGAGGGAGUCAACAGCGGGGAUGCCACUGAUGGAGAGGUUCCUAAGCAGCACCCAGACGUGUCACAACCCCCUCUGAGGAGGGAAACUGGAGUGACAAUCAGGGAACCCUCCAGCGCCUCGCAGGCUGCUGAUCCCCCCGCCCCAACGGGAAAGGGAAAAAAGAAAGCCACUGAACCUCUCAAGCCCCUUGAUGAAUCCUCGGAUGAGAACGGCCCUUCGGCAGAUGGACCCUCAGCAAAUGUAACACCACCUCCUUCUCCUCUCGAGCAGCAAACUCCUCCUACUCCUGUUGGGUCGACACCUUCUCCACCGACCCCAACUGACCAGACUCAGCAAGUUUCUCCUGCUUCCACAGGGGGUGACAUAUCGAGUCACGCCUUGAGAUCAGUCAAAGACAGGGAAAUGCUGACCCUUACUACUGGACGGCUUUGCUCGGGUGCUGUCACCGAGCAGUCUAGGACUUUAGAGCAACGACACACUAAAGAACUCAAAGCUGCCAAAGAAAAAUACGCUGAACAGCUUGAGGCAGUGCUCGAGGAGAAGAACAAAGUGGCUGAGGAGUUAAGUGAGAAGCAGACUGCUCUAGACAAGGCCGUCGAGCAAAGAGAAAAUUUCAAGGAGUCUAACCGCGUCAACUAUCGUGAGGCUAAAAAGCUCGAGUAG